UCCAGCGGGUACACAGAAAUGACGGCGACUCUGCGUCCGUACCUGAAUGCGGUGCGUGCUACACUGCAGGCAGCUCUCUGUCUGGAGAACUUCUCCUCACAGGUGGUGGAAAGACACAACAAACCUGAGGUUGAAGUCCGGAGCAGUAAAGAGCUGUUGCUUCAGCCUGUUGUGAUCAGUAGGAAUGAUAAAGAAAAGGUCCUAAUAGAAGGUUCCAUCAACUCUGUGCGGGUCAGCAUUGCUGUCAAACAGGCUGAUGAGAUCGAAAAGAUCCUGUGUCACAAGUUUAUGCGCUUCAUGAUGAUGAGAGCCGAGAACUUCUUCAUCCUUAGGAGAAAACCUGUGGAGGGAUAUGACAUCAGUUUCCUCAUUACCAACUUCCACACAGAACAAAUGUACAAGCAUAAGUUAGUGGACUUUGUCAUCCAUUUCAUGGAGGAGAUCGACAAGGAAAUCAGUGAGAUGAAACUGUCAGUCAACGCCAGGGCUCGCAUAGUUGCAGAGGAGUUCCUCAAAAACUUUUAAGAAACGAUCAGCACACCUUCUGCUGGCUGCAAUACCCUAUCACCGUAAAACACCUACGGAGAGCUUUGGGGCCAUUGGGGAAGGAGCUAAGGUGUGUUUGAUUCCUGGACCAUCACCACAGCUGGAUCCAGAAGGGUCACAGGAAUGAUUUCAGAGUAUUGCAUUAUUGUAACUUGAGAGCAAAGUGACGGAUUUAACAGACAGGCACGGUACUCCAUUUGUUGUCUGUUCUACUCCUUUUUUUUUUGCCCUGUUUUUUUAACUUUUGCUAAUUGCCUAAUUUUUUUAAAGUAUUUGUUUCUUCACAUUCAGCAAAUUUCUUUGCAUUCCGUCUCUUUUCAUCUUAUCCCACAUACCUUCGUUAUUAUGCAGUAGUAGCAGUAGUAAAGUGCUUACAACUUUGCAAUAUUCUGAAUAUGCCUCAGCGUUCCCUUGUGCUCAUGAAUAUUAAUGAGCAGGUACUGUACAUAUUAAAAAGGAUAGACUCAUUUUACUUCUGCCUUUUUAACUAACUUUAAAUCAGGGCGGGUCUAUUGGAUGAAUGCGCAUCUAUGUUCACGAGCACAAAGGAAAUGGUGUUCCAAUAAUUUAACAGAUUAUUUUGUCAGUGUUUUUUAUAAAUAUGUAUACUGUGUUCUGACGACCAUUUUUUCAUGUUGAGUUUUGAUAUAAAAAUCCUCACGCUGGUGCACAUGGAUCUUACAAACCAUAUCAUGAUGAUGAUGCUAAAUAAAUCCCUUUAUUGCU